GUUUCUUCGUAUCACGCAUGUUACAAAUUGAAUUUCAUUUGAACUAGUUUUGGUAUUGUUGGUUGUGCAUGCUGUUUCCGUUCUACAUUUUAUAGUUUGACUAGAGUUGUGACACACCCACUUACAUCUAAAAUUUUAUAAAAUAAACAAAAAUAAGUUUGAAAAUGGGAAGAAAUUCUUCUUUUGUUUACUACAUUCUAUUCAUUUGCAUUGGAAUUUUGUAUCCUGCCUAUUGCUCAUUAGUUGCUCUUCAAACACCUUCUAAGAAAGAUGAUACAUUGUGGUUAAUAUAUUGGGUUGUAUUUGCUUCAUUUAACAUUUUAGAAGCUUUAACAGAUGUCAUUCUCUCUUGGUUUCCCUUUUAUUCUACAUUGAAGCUUGUAUUUUUGACAUGGUGUAGUGCUCCCUUCACAUACAAUGGAGCAUAUUAUGUAUAUAAAAUCUUCUUGGAACCUCUUUUCCGUAUGUAUGGUGGACAUGUGGAUGUUGUAUUAACUCAAGCUGUUGAAACAGCAAAAAAUGUAGCUGAACAAAUACCUCCUUAUCCAAAAUAAGGUAAAACAGAGGGUUUUACUGAGAUAUGGUUGUUUACGGUGCCAAAGAAAUAUCUUAUGUGUACUUGAAGAAAGCUGAAAUAUUUGAUUGUUUUUAAAAUUUGAUAUAUUUAAUAUUGUUGACUUAUGAAAAAUCUGUAUAGUCAUUUAUAACUAUUAAAAUAUUUUUGAAUAUUUA